CCUGUUUCUGCUUUGAAAAGCUUAAAUUCAAGGCGACUAUUGCAACUGCAGACCUGAAAUGUUUGAAUGCAAUGUAUCUCUUUUAGGGGUCGUGAGGUUUUUGGCCAAACUCCUGUUGCCAAACACCAUCUGCUAGUUCAGGAGGCUUAACAGUUGAUUACUUUGCUUUUUCAAAAAUGUUUCUUUUAGCAGACAAAACUUUUUAAAUGGAGGUAGUAGGAUUGUUAGGUAAAGUGUACCUUCAGUCUUUUUUUUUUUUUGAGACCUAUAUGUCAUACUUUUACAUAUGGAAGCGAAUAGUGAAGAAAUUGAUUACUUGGUCCAAUUACAUGUCAACGUUCACCCUUUCCUGUAUCCUGUUUUAUUCCUCCGUUACCAGUGUGCCUCCUUUCAGGGUGCAUUAAGACAUUUGCUGUUGCUAGAAUACCUCCUAAAACGCUGUGUGCCCUCUGUCACCAUAGGCGGUUUUAAGUGGCUCGCAGUGAGUCACGUAAUCCUAUAAGGUAACAGAACGGGCUGAUGGGUAGAGAAAAGUGUGAGUGACUCACUGAUAUUGAGUGGGUGGUCAGGUAGCGAGGCUCACUUCAUGAGCAGAGGAGAUAAUAACACGCCGUCAGUACAUCUCCAUACCCAUUUGGGUUUGAAAAUAGUCAGCCACCCCAGCUGUUAGUCAUUAUGCCUUGUGGUGUAGAGGAGGGAGGAGGCUGUGUCUGUCAACGGGCAGAUAAGGAGAGGAGGGCUUCACCCUGUGUUUUUUCAGACGUGUGUUCGCUGCUCUGAAGGUUCCUGUGCGGUUCAUUAAGCACAGUGUAUUCACAGGGCUUUAUCUAGACUGUCUUGUGGGGAAACAAGCAGCCAAAUGAACUCCCUCACUGUGAUGCUAAUGUCUCACUGUAGAUGGGGGCAUUAUUUCAGAUUUGAAUUGGUGUAUUACUUUUGAUAAACUUUAUUCUACUCAGCUUCUCAAAUGUGAUACAGCUGUGUCCCCAUUCCGUUUCCCUUACAGUAGAGGUCAGAGGUCAGUUACAGCUUCAGAGCAGAAUGAACAAUUUUCUACUGAAGUAGGAAGAAAUCUUUUGCAUCAGGCCAACUGAUGGUGUUGAGAUUAUUCAGUUAUUUUCCUGUUUACUGCCAUGCACGGUGUUGUCCCAGACAUCAGGGUCCAAACACCACUUAUAAUACACAAUGUAGCGAUUUGAUCUUGUUCCAUCGCUAUUGUUCCUUACUCCUUUUCCGCCCACUACGCUCCGUCUCCCGUCUCCACUUCUUCUCUUGGGAGUAUCGUGAACGCGCUCAGUAGGCUGCUAUUAAAUGGGCGGACUUCGCAAGCGCGCUCACGUCCACAGCGCUCCGGUUGGCAAAUAAAAGUGCACUUCCAACCGGCCGGUCGGAGGACGUCUGUCUCUGCUCUCUGAGACCGGAUCGGGGAUCGGAACCAGCGCCGCCACGGCUUGAAGGUGCCUGACUGGGUCGAGAAACAGGUGACACAGCGGACACCCACGACAAUCGGAGAAAGCCUCGACCUCGCCGUGGCCUGCCUGGUGUGUGAUGCUGGACAGUGGGAGCGCAACAGAGGAGCUUUGAUGCAACUUGGCUACAGUAAGAGGUAGUCAGUCAUGGGGGAUUCAGUCUUCAACUGCUGUUAUGUCCCACCCCCAGGCAAGGAGGAGAUCGUCGUAUCCAGGCGCCCAGAGACCAUGGCACCCAAUUCGGCUCACAUCUCCUCUGACAAGCGCUUUCUCAUCUUCUUUGACUUUGAUGAGACCAUUGUUGAUGAAACCAGCGACGACAUGGUGGUGCAGGCUGCCCCGGGUCAGCACCUCCCGGACUGGCUGAAGGACACCUACCAGCCCGGGCGCUACAACGAGUACAUGCAGCGCGUCCUGGCCUAUCUGGCGGAGCAGGGCGUCACCGAGAGCGACAUACGUAGCAUCAUGGAGAAGUUACCGGCCACCCCCGGCAUGCUCACCCUCUUUCAGUUCCUCCGAACACGACCCCCGCAGGACUUCGAGGUGGUGCUGGUAUCUGAUGCCAACGCCUUCUUCAUCGAGUCCUGGCUCCGGCGCGUCGGAGCCCGCCCGCUAUUCCAUCACAUCUUCUCCAACCCGGCCACAUUCAACAAGAACGGGCGGCUGGUACUGAAGCCCUUCCACUCCAGCGACUGCCCGCGGUGCCCUAUCAACAUGUGCAAGCAAGUGAUCGUCAGGGACUACAUAGCCCGCAGGACGCAGGAGCGGAGACGACCCUAUCAGAGGGUCUUCUACGUUGGAGACGGAGCCAACGACUUUUGUCCUGCUCUCUCCCUCGGGCCCCGGGACGUGGCCUUUCCGCGACGAGACUUCCCCAUGCACCGGCUGAUCACUGAGAUCCAUGAAUCCAUGCCUGGGGAGUUCAAGGCGGUCACGGUGCCAUGGGUGAGUGGGGAAGAUGUGGUGCAACGGCUGAAGACGUUUGUGACAGAGGAUCCCACACGGCGACAGAGAGGGGACAAAGGAGACGAUUAAGGGGUCAUUUGACACUUUGUCAUAUUCUCAGGCAAUCAAUCCCCGAAACUAAUGUUCAAGGCAAUAACAUCAUUUGUAGCUAUUAUAUGUUAAAAAAAAAAGAGUAAAUCGUCUGUCUGGCUGGUGCCUCGGUCCACUUCGCGUUUGGAGGUUACUUUAAAACAUCACUAGGUAAUUAAUUAUUGAGACCUGCCAGCGUUAAAGGAGGAAAUCAAUGACAAGUCCAGUGCUUUGUUAAAUAUAAUGAUGUAGAACUAAAGAGUAUCACUUGAAAAGUUUUGAGGGAAUUGGUCUAUAGUUGUGUUAUGCAUAAUGACAAUAAAGAUUCUUGACUUGACUUGUAAUAAAAAGCCUAUCUUUAACCUGCUUGUUAUCCUUAUAAAUCGGAGUAAUUAUUUUAAUAGCAACAUUUUAAAAUGUUAACCAAGUUACUGUUUGCUCUUGAAUAGCGAUUCUAAAUAUUUGCCUAGGAGCUUCACUUUUUUAAAAUUAUGAAAUGUUCAAACAGAAUAAGUGAAAUCCGAGUAACCUGGUGGCAAUGGGCAUUCAACAGAACCUAUGAAAUGUGUCUGCUUGAUUUGUUAAGUGUGUUGUCUUUCCU